UAAAUAGUUUAUCAAAAACUUUGUGGCACUCAUAACUUAUACGAAAAUGAAGUUAAUUAUUAUAUUAAGUAUUGUGGUCGGUGCCGCAGUUAGUGUACCCCUAGGUGGAUUUGGAGCUAAUAUAGUUGGUGACGCCGCAGCUAAGGCUAGUGGAGCUGUAAAUGCAGCGAGUGCUGUCAAAUCGAAGGUCAAAACUGCCGGCCUAGGUGCCGUAGGGGGGGCAGGAGCUGGGGCAGGAGGGGCUGACCUCGCUGCAGAGGGGCUUAAAGGAUCAGGCCAACUUGAAGGAGCUGGUCUUGGUGGAGCUGGUGGCCUAGGAGGCGCUGGUGGAUCAGACAGUAUAGGAAAAUCUGGCCUUGAAGGACCAAGCCAACUAGGAGGCGGUGGCCUCGGUAGCGCUGGUGACCUUGGAGGAGCUGGUGACCUAGGAAAAGGAGGAUUCGGAAGUUUAGGAGGAUCUGGAUUGGACGCAGCAGGCAUAAAAGAUACAGGUGUAGAAGGAUCUGGUGAUGGACCGACUGGUCUAGGAGGAGCAGGUGACCUUGGAAAAUCAGCUGUAGACGGUUCAGGAGCUAACCUUGGCGGUGCAGAUGUUAAAGACAAAGUUGGAGGAAUUGGAGCUGACGGCUCCGGUCUAGGAGAUGUAGGUAACAAAGGAGUCAACCUUGGAGGUGGUGAAAGUCUUGGAAAAGAUGCACCCGGCUCAGGUAACCUAGAUCUUGGUGGAUCUGGCAACCCUACUGGUAAAACUGGUGACAACACCGACAACGGAUCUAAAGACAUUGGUUUGGAUGGAUCAGGAUUAGAUUCGAAAUCUGGCAUCACUGGAGCAAAUGCUGAUAUUGGAAAAGGUGUUUCAGAUGCUAAAGUAGACACUGGCUCUGGUACUGAUGCUAAAUUAGAUGCAGGAUCCGAUUCCCCAGCUAAAGUAGGCACUGAUGAAAGCGCCCCCGCUAAAGCAGAAGCAAAUAAGGAUGGUCCCGCUAAAGUAGAAUCAGAUGGAAAUGCCCCCGCUAAAGCAGAAGCUAACAAGGAUGGUCCCGCUAAAGUAGAAACAGAAGGAAGUGCCCCCGCCAAGGCAGAAGCAGAUAAGAAUGGUCCCGCUAAAGUAGAAUCAGAUGUAAAUGCCCCCGCUAAAGCAGAAGCUAACAAGGAUGCAAAGGAUGGUUCCGCUAAAGUAGAAUCAGGUGGAAAUGCCCCCGCUAAAGCAGAAGCUAACAAGGAUGGUCCCGCUAAGGUAGAAACAGGAGGAAGUGCCCCCGCCAAGGCUGAAGCAGAUAAGGAUGGUCCCGCUAAAGUAGAAUCAGGUGGAAAUGCCCCCGCUAAAGCAGAAGCUAACAAGGAUGGUUCCGCUAAAGUAGAAACAGGAGGAAGUGCCCCCGCCAAGGCUGAAGCAGAUAAGAAUGGUCCCGCUAAAGUAGAAUCUGAUGGAAAUGCCCUCGCUAAAGCAGAAGCUAACAAGGAUGGUUCCGCUAAAGUAGAAACAGGAGGAAGUGCCCCCGCCAAGGCAGAAGCAGAUAAGAAUGGUCCCGCUAAAGUAGAAGCAGGUUCAGGUAGCCCAGCUAAAGUAGAUUCCGGUUCAGAUGCCCCUGCCAAAGUAGACACAGAUCAAAUUGCUCCCGCUAAAGUAGAUACUGGCUCAGAUGCUCCCGCUAAAGCAGACGACGGUGGUAGUGCCCCCGCAAAAGUAGAUUCCGGAUCAUUGACCGACGCUAAACUCGACACAAAAACAGAAUCCGCAACAAACAUCAAAAUUGAUUCAGUAAAAAGCGAAAAAACAAACCUCAUCAAAGGGUCAAAUGAUGAUCUAAAAGUAGGAUCAGGUGAUGAUUCGAAAACCGGUCUAGAUUCAAAAGCAGGCAAGGAUAGUACUGAUAAUAAGAAUGGGCUAGCAGCUAAUCUUGGUUCUAAGGUUGGUGACAGUAAAGUUGGAGAUUCCUUAGCGGCUGAUGGUGGUAAAGACUGUGGGGAGUGUGCACUUAACGCCGUGGGAGGUGGGGCUGGUGCUGCAGACGGAGCUGGUGGAGCUGGUGGGGCUAAAGGAGUAGAUGUCAGUGCUGUUAAGGCGGCCGCAGCUGGUGCGGCUACCAAAGUCGCCGCCGCCGCAGCGAGUAAAGCCGCCGCGAAAGCAUCGAAAGCCGCCGCAGCCGCCGCCGCUGCUGCUAAAGUCGCCAGCGCAGCUAAAGAAGCUGUCAAAUCUAAACUCGGAGGCUUUGGCAGUGGUUUAUCGUUUGGCUUUUAAAUAAAGAUUACUCCUGAUCGGUCCAGCCAUUAACGCGAAAACGCUGUUUAGCAUAAUAUAGUUAUUAAAACCUUUUUAUAUAUAGAAUUCAUUGUAGAUACUUGAAUAAAAACUUCAAAAAAUCCAA